AAAUUUCAAGCUUGGAAGAGCUGCAUAAGAAAUUCCACUUCUAGUGGACUUGGUCUUCAAUUUGUAAUUGGUGAACCCAUGGCAGCAAGGCUUUGCUUUCCCUUCUUCAUGGUUAAUCAUGUUUACAAUAAAUGAAAUAUAAUUAGAAAAAGGGCUAAAAAUACAAUCAAACAAGCAACAAUUUAGCUGAGGGCUCGAAAUCUAAUUUGGUCUUCGACGACAUAGAAGCAACUUAAAAAAUUUUGGUUUUCUCAUCAGAUUCCAAAGGUGGCUUAUUGAGCAACUUGAGAUUUAUUCACAUGCCGAAGAUGACAAAAUGUGCUGGUAGAUUAAAGACCUGGUUGCCAGGGUUUAGCUGAUCUUGUUGCAGUGUGGGUUCUCAUGGAACACAUGGAAGGCUUCGAGGUUGAGAACGUACCAUGAGAUGGUCAGAUGAUCAAGAAGAGCUGUGGUGAUCCCCUGGAAAAUGCCAUUAUUGAGACCAACUUUAAACUCUCUAUGCACCAAAGGCCACCUGCAAGAGGCCUUACUACAAAUGGCUGUUAAAGGUCCUGAAAUGUUAUUUGAUGGUUACAACAUGCUGUUGAACGAUUGUGUGAACAGAAAGGCCAUUAGAGAAGGUCAAAGGGUCCAUGCCCACAUGAUAAAAACAUGUUACCUCCCACCUCUUUACCUCAGAAACAGAUUGGUUAUUCUUUAUACAAAGUGUGAUUAUUUGACCGAUGCAAGAUAUGUAUUUGAUGAAAUGCCUGAAAGGAACGUGGUCUCUUGGACUGCAAUGAUUUCAGGUUAUUCUCAAAGAGGACUUGGCUUUGAAGCGUUGCAUCUUUUUGUGCGGAUGUUGAGAUCAGGUACAGAACCAAAUGAGUUCACUUUUGCUACAGUAUUAACUUCUUGUACAGGUGCUUCUGGGUUUGAGCUGGGAAGGCAAAUUCACUCUCUCAUAAUCAAGCACAAUUAUGAAUCCCAUAUAUUUGUUGGGAGCUCACUUCUCGACAUGUAUGCAAAAGCUGGCAAGAUCAUUGAAGCUCGAGGGGUUUUUGAGAGCUUGCCAGAAAGGGAUGUUGUUUCUUGUACUGCAAUAGUUUCAGGCUAUGCCCAACUAGGUCUUGAUGAAGAGGCUUUAGAACUAUUCCGGAGGUUGCAAAAAGAAGGAAUAAGCGCAAAUUAUGUUACUUACGCUAGUGUGUUGACUGCAUUGUCUGGACUUGCUGCCCUGGACCAUGGCAAACAAGUCCACAACCAUGUUCUUAGAUGUGAAUUACCCUUUUAUGUGGUUAUUCAGAAUUCUCUGAUUGAUAUGUACUCAAAAUGUGGAAACCUUAAUUACUCGAGAAGGAUCUUUGAUAGGAUGCCUGAACGAACUGUUAUCUCAUGGAAUGCAAUGCUUGUGGGGUAUAGUAAACACGGAAGGGGCAGAGAGGUGGUUGAGCUCUUCAGAUUGAUGAGAGAAGAAAAAAGAGUUAAACCUGACUGUGUAACUUUUUUGGCUGUUCUGUCUGGCUGUAGCCAUGGAAGAUUGGAAGAUACAGGACUGGAAAUAUUUGAUGAAAUGGUGAAAGGGAAUAAUGGGAUUCAGGCAGAGAUAGAGCAUUAUGGGUGUGUUGUUGACUUGCUUGGGCGUGCUGGCCGAGUGGAAGAGGCUUUUGAAUUUAUCAAAAGGAUGCCUUUUAAACCAACAGCUGCCAUUUGGGGUUCACUUUUAGGUGCUUGUAGAGUUCACUCAAAUAUAGAUAUUGGUGCAUUUGUAGGUCAACGACUUGUAGAAAUAGAGCCUGAAAAUGCGGGAAAUUAUGUUAUUCUUUCUAAUUUAUAUGCUUCUGCAGGGAGAUGGGAAGAUGUGAGAGAAGUAAGGGAAUUAAUGAUGGACAAGGCUGUAAUAAAGGAGCCAGGAAGAAGCUGGAUUGAACUCGACCAAACCUUGCACACUUUUCACGCAAGUGAUCGCUCCCAUCCAAGGAGGGAAGAGGUAUUUUGGAAGGUGAAGGAAUUAUCAAUCAAGUUCAAGGAAGCUGGCUAUGUCCCUGAUUUGAGUUGUGUUUUAUAUGAUGUGGAUGAGGAGCAAAAGGAGAAAAUACUUCUAGCUCACAGUGAAAAACUAGCUUUGGCUUUUGGACUCAUUGUUGCUCCUGAAAAAGUCCCAAUACGUGUGAUAAAAAACCUCCGGAUCUGUGUGGAUUGUCACAAUUUUGCUAAGCUUAUUUCCAAGUUUUAUGGAAGAGAUGUGUCUCUAAGGGAUAAAAGUCGGUUCCAUCAUAUUGUUGGAGGAAUCUGUUCUUGUGGUGACUAUUGGUAACUUUUUGAGACUUCUUCGUAUGUGUGCUUAGUUGUCUCUGUGGAGAAUGUGAGGCUUGUUAUGACAUAGGUUCUGGUUGAAACAAAAAGGAAAGGUGUAUUUUCAGUCGUUAGUUAAGAUGAAUGGGCAACAUGAUUCAGAAACAAAAGUCAUAACUAUACUCUUAUUUUCCCUUACCAACCGCAAUUCAGUUACGGUGAAAGUUGAAGCCUUUUCAAGAACCUGAAACUUCCGAUUUGGUUGCACAAUGGCUCAUUCAUCAAUGCAGCUGGUGGACAUCUCCAGGCCACGAGGAGAGGCCCAAGGAUUACCUAUUGAAUCAGACCCUGCCUCCACAUGGGCAGUUCCGCAAGUGGGAGGACCAGUCUUGUGAUUCUUGGUGUUGGGUUGAAUGCCAAGCCCAAUCUGUCCAUUGAGACUUGGGUGCACCAGAAGGCCUUGAAUGCAUCGAGAUGGAGAAACUUGAUACAUCUGGUGCUGGGGAAUCGGAGGAGAAUAAUGAUCUGGGGACUCUUUGGCUCCAAAGUUACAUGGAGGUUAACACAAAUUUGUAUGUUUGAUAUGAACACAAAUUAGAAUUCAAUUUUA